CCUUAAUAACAGUGACCUGUGCAUGUUACAUUCAACUCUACAUCAGACUUUCCUGAAUGUACUGGAUGAUCAUCUCAAAAGCAAUCAAGAUGCAUAAACUAGCUCUGGUAAUGACAGUGUGUAUGUUACUAGCCCCUCCUACGUCAACGGCAGCCAUUUCUAUAACAUCUCAACCAAUAACUUCAACCCUGGUUAUAACACCAACCACAACACAAUCUACAACAACAACGGCAUCAGAAUCAACAACUACACUGCAACUAAAGACCACAGCUCUACUGUCAACUACAGCUCAGGAACAUUCAUCUACAACCCUGUCUACAAUAAACUCACCUGAAACAACUACAACCCUACUAACAUCUACAGCCCCUUCUACAGCAACGACAGCCCUUUCCACAUCUCAUCCGACAACAACAACCCUACCUAUAACAACACCAACACCAACCACAAUCACACUUCCAUCAACACAAUCUACAGCAACAAUGUCAUCUGAAAAAACAACUACACUGCAACACACCACCACAGCCCAAAUGUCAACAACAACUCAUGAAACUUCAACUACAUCCCUGUCUACAACAAACACACCUGAAACAACUACAACAACCCUACUUACAUCUAUAGCAACAAAAUCCCUUUCUAUAACAGCUCAACCAACAAUUACAACCCUGCCAGUAACAACACCAACCGCAAUCACACCUACAACUACAAAAUCUACAGCAACAAUGUCAUCUGAACCAACAUCUACACUGCAACAAACAAAAACAGCUCUACCAUCAACUACAGAUCAUGAAGCUUCAACUACAACCCUAUCUGCAACCAACUCACCCGAAACAACAACAACCCUGCUAACAUCUAAAGCCCUUACUACAACAGCUCAAUCAACAACUACAAACCUGCCAAUAACAACAUUAACCACAAUCACACCUAAAACAACUCAAUCUACAGCAACAUUGACAACUGAACCAACAACUACAUUACAAUCUACAGCCACAACUUCAACUGAAUCAAAAACUACAAUGCAACCAACAACCACAACCCUGCCUGCAACAACUUCAGCUCAGGAAACUUCAAUUACAACCCUGUCUACAACAAACUCACCUGAAACAACAACAAACCUACUUACAUCUACAGCCCAAUCCACAGCAACGAUGGCCUUUUCUACAUCUCAUCGAACAACUACAACCCUACCCAUAAAAGCACCAACCACAAUCACACCUACAACAACGCAACCUAUAGCAACAACAGCAUCUAAACCAACAAAUACACUGCAACCAUCGACCACAGCCUUACCAUCAACUACAGAUCAAGAGACUUCAACUACAACCCUGCACAUAACAUCACCAACCACAGUUACACCUACAUCUCAACCUACAGUAACAACAAUAUCUGAACCAACAACUACACUGCAACCAAAAACAACAGCCCUACAUUCAACUACAGCUCAAGAGACUUCAACUACAACCCUGCACAUAACAUCACCAACCACAGUUACACCUACAACAACACAACCUAUAGCAACAACAACAUCUGAACCAACAACUACACUGCAACCAUCAACCACAGCCUUACCUUCAACUACAGCUCAAGAGACUUCAGCUACAACCCAGCACAUAACAUCACCAACCACAGUUACACCUACAUCUCAACCUACAGCAACAACAAUAUCUGAACCAACAACUACACUGCAACCAAAAACAACAGCCCUACAUUCAACUACAGCUCAAGAGACUUCAACUACAACCCUGCACAUAACAUCACCAACCACAGUUACACCUACAUCUCAACCUACAGCAACAACAAUAUCUGAACCAACAACUACACUGCAACCAAAAACAACAGCCCUACAUUCAACUACAGCUCAAGAGACUUCAACUACAACCCUGCACAUAACAGCACCAACCACAGUUACACCUACAUCUCAACCUACAGCAGCAACAAUAUCUGAACCAACAACUACACUGCAACCAAAAACAACAGCCCUACAUUCAACUACAGCUCAAGAGACUUCAACUACAACCCUGCACAUAACAUCACCAACCACAGUUACACCUACAUCUCAACCUACAGUAACAACAAUAUCUGAACCAACAACUACACUGCAACCAAAAACAACAGCCCUACAUUCAACUACAGCUCAAGAGACUUCAUCUACAACCCUGCACAUAACAGCACCAACCACAGUUACACCUACAUCUCAACCUACAGUAACAACAAUAUCUGAACCAACAACUACACUGCAACCAAAAACAACAGCCCUACAUUCAACUACAGCUCAAGAGACUUCAACUACAACCCUGCACAUAACAUCACCAACCACAGUUACACCUACAUCUCAACCUACAGUAACAACAAUAUCUGAACCAACAACUACACUGCAACCAAAAACAACAGCCCUACAUUCAACUACAGCUCAAGAGACUUCAUCUACAACCCUGCACAUAACAGCACCAACCACAGUUACACCUACAACAACACAACCUAUAGCAACAACAACAUCUGAACCAACAACUACACUGCAACCAUCAACCACAGCCUUACCUUCAACUACAGCUCAAGAGACUUCAACUACAACCCAGCACAUAACAUCACCAACCACAGUUACACCUACAUCUCAACCUACAGCAACAACAAUAUCUGAACCAACAACUACACUGCAACCAAAACCAACAGCCCUACACUCAACUACACCUCAAGAGACUUCAACUACAACCCUGCACAUAACAGCACCAACCACAGUUACACCUACAUCUCAACCUACAUCAACAACAAUAUCUGAACCAACAACUACACUGCAACCAAAAACAACAGCCCUACAUUCAACUACAGCUCAAGAGACUUCAACUACAACCCUGCACAUAACAUCACCAACCACAGUUACACCUACAUCUCAACCUACAGUAACAACAAUAUCUGAACCAACAACUACACUGCAACCAAAAACAACAGCCCUACAUUCAACUACAGCUCAAGAGACUUCAACUACAACCCUGCACAUAACAUCACCAACCACAGUUACACCUACAUCUCAACCUACAGCAACAACAAUAUCUGAACCAACAACUACACUGCAACCAAAACCAACAGCCCUACAUUCAACUGCACCUCAAGAGACUUCAACUACAACCCUGCACAUAACAGCACCAACCACAGUUACACCUACAACAACACAACCUAUAGCAACAACAACAUCUGAACCAACAACUACACUGCAACCAUCAACCACAGCCUUACCUUCAACUACAGCUCAAGAGACUUCAACUACAACCCAGCACAUAACAUCACCAACCACAGUUACACCUACAUCUCAACCUACAGCAACAACAAUAUCUGAACCAACAACUACACUGCAACCAAAACCAACAGCCCUACACUCAACUACACCUCAAGAGACUUCAACUACAACCCUGCACAUAACAGCACCAACCACAGUUACACCUACAUCUCAACCUACAUCAACAACAAUAUCUGAACCAACAACUACACUGCAACCAAAACCAACAGCCCUACAUUCAACUGCACCUCAAGAGACUUCAACUACAACCCUGCACAUAACAGCACCAACCACAGUUACACCUACAUCUCAACCUACAUCAACAACAAUAUCUGAACCAACAACUACACUGCAACCAAUAACAACAGCUCUACAUUCAACUACAGCUCAAGAGACUUCAACUACAACCCUGCACAUAACAUCACCAACCACAGUUACACCUACAUCUCAACCUACAUCAACAACAAUAUCUGAACCAACAACUACACUGCAACCAAAACCAACAGCCCUACAUUCAACUACAGCUCAAGAGACUUCAACUACAACCCUGCACAUAACAUCACCAACCACAGUUACACCUACAUCUCAACCUACAUCAACAACAAUAUCUGAACCAACAACUACACUGCAACCAAAACCAACAGCCCUACAUUCAACUACAGCUCAAGAGACUUCAACUACAACCCAGCACAUAACAGCACCAACCACAGUUACACCUACAUCUCAACCUACAGCAACAACAAUAUCUGAACCAACAACUACACUGCAACCAUCAACCACAGCCUUACCUUCAACUACAGCUCAAGAGACUUCAGCUACAACCCAGCACAUAACAUCACCAACCACAGUUACACCUACAUCUCAACCUACAUCAACAACAAUAUCUGAACCAACAACUACACUGCAACCAAAACCAACAGCCCUACAUUCAACUACAGCUCAAGAGACUUCAACUACAACCCAGCACAUAACAGCACCAACCACAGUUACACCUACAUCUCAACCUCCAUCAACAACAAUAUCUGAACCAACAACUACACUGCAACCAAAAACAACAGCCCUACAUUCAACUACAGUUCAAGAGACUUCAACUACAACCCUGCACAUAACAUCACCAACCACAGUUACACCUACAUCUCAACCUACAUCAACAACAAUAUCUGAACCAACAACUACACUGCAACCAAAAACAACAGCUCUACAUUCAACUACAGCUCAAGAGACUUCAACUACAACCCUGCACAUAACAGCACCAACCACAGUUACACCUACAUCUCAACCUACAUCAACAACAAUAUCUGAACCAAUAACUACACUGCAACCAAAACCAACAGCCCUACAUUCAACUGCACCUCAAGAGACUUCAACUACAACCCUGCACAUAACAGCACUAACCACAGUUACACCUACAUCUCAACCUACAUCAACAACAAUAUCUGAACCAAUAACUACACUGCAACCAAAACCAACAGCCCUACAUUCAACUGCACCUCAAGAGACUUCAACUACAACCCUGCACAUAACAGCACUAACCACAGUUACACCUACAUCUCAACCUACAUCAACAACAAUAUCUGAACUAACAACUACACUGCAACCAAAAACAACAGCCCUACAUUCAACUACAGCUCAAGAGACUUCAACUACAACCCUGCACAUAACAUCACCAACCACAGUUACACCUACAACAACACAACCUAUAGCAACAACAACAUCUGAACCAACAACUACACUGCAACCAAAAUCAACAGCUCUACAUUCAACUACAGCUCAAGAGACUUCAACUACAACCCUGCACAUAACAUCACCAAAAACAGUUACACCUACAAUAACACAACCUACAGCAACAUUUACAACUGAACCAACAACCCAUUCAACAACUACAUUACAAUCUACAGCCACAAAUUUAACUGAAUCAAAAACUGCAAUGCAACCAACAACUACAACCCUGUCUACAACAAACUUGCCUAGAACAUCUACAACAACUCAGCUAACAUCUACAAAUACAGCAGUCAAACCUAUAACCACAAAAAUACAGCCUGCAACUAAAUCAUUAACAACUCAUCCAACGACUACAACUCAACAAACAUUUUCAACUUUAACCCAGCCUACAAGUACAACACAAACAACAACAACAACCGUCAAGCCCUCUAGUACAGUUGCUGUUUCUUUUAUCAGCAAUGAAACUUUUUUUGAUGAAUUGUUAUUUCCAACUUCAAAUGCCUUCAAAACUCGAGCAGAAAAAGUCAAAAAUGAGUUGGAGCCAAUCUUAAAAAACAAAUUCAGCUCCUUCAUUCGAUUGACAGUUCUUCAGUUCCGACGUGGAUCAAUCCUCACAGAUAUGGAAUUACAGUUCAGCAUCCCAACCAAUAACAAUGACAUUGAAAACACAAUUUCCACCGCUAACACAUCUUUCCCAAUUUCCAGUGUAACAGCUGUGACAAAUACACCUUUGUCCACAACCCCACUUACCACAACUACAACUCAGCCAACAACUGUGACUUUAACAGCCACAACAACCAUAUUUCCUUCAUCUACAGUGCAAUCAACAACCUCAACUACUCCAAUAACUAUAGAACGUUUGGUUUCAACUACAACUGAUCCUAAAACUGUAACCCUACCUACAAUGAGUACAAAUGAACAAUUAACUACAAGUACUACGUCUCAGCCUACAACAACCACAACCUCACCAAAAACAAUUACACCUCAACCCACAACCCCACCUACAUCUUCAACUCACACAGAGACUACUACCACAAUUGCACCAACAACUGUGACUCAACAACAAACAAGUACAAACCCUCUUACAGCUUCAACUCAAUCUGUAACUACAACCACAAGCCAACUUUCACCUACAACAACUUCACCAACAACUACAUCCACGGUCCUAACUGCAACUUCUACAACCUCUCUUACCACAAUCACUAGCUCAUCUACAAACACUUCAAUACAAUCAGAAAAUGCAACCACAAUACACCCUACAACUACAAAUCAACCAACAACAAUAAGCACAAAACAAGCUACAACAACUCAAACAACUACAACACCAACUUCAAAGCAAACUCAAAAAGAGACUUCAUCCAUAGCCCCAAUUGCAACCACUACAACUCAACUAACUUCCACAACUCCUCUGACAACACCCACAAGUCCAUUUACAGCAAAUUUAUCUCAACCAAGUACAACUACGAGCCCCCCUACAUCAACUCUACAAACUACAACACUUACAACUCAACUAACGCCUAUAACCACAAGAACUCAACCAACAACUUUAAUCCAGCCAACAACAUUAUCUCAACCAACUACUACAGCUACUCCUACUACAAACAAAACUCUACCUACAACAUCUCAACAAAUAACACAAUUUACAAUUACAAAUCCACCAACAACUAUAGCCCCAUCUACAACUACAAAUCAACCUACAACCAAAGAGUCACCAACAACUCUGUCAACAACCACAACACAGCCUACAACUACAAACACUGCUUUAAUAACAUCAGCUCCCAAUUCAACUACAACAAUCACAACCCUACCUACAACAAUCCCUUCUAAAACCAACACCACAGACCCUCAUAUAACAACCCCAACUCUACCUACAACUACAUUUCAUCAGACCACCACGACAUCACCUCCAACUCUAUCUCAACAAACAAUGCCAUUUACAGCAACUCUGAAAACAACUAUGGCCAUUUCAACAACUCAAUCUACAAACACAGACCUACCAUCAACUGCAACUAAUCCAAACCACACAACACAGCCUACAAAUACAGCCACAGCUUCAAUAAAAACAGCCCCCUCUACAACUACAAAUCAACCAACAACAACCGAGCCUUCAACAGCUUCAACUUCACAAGCAACCAAAACCCCUUCUACAUUGACCACAACCCUACUUACAACAACUCCAUCUAAAACAACCACCACAAUCCUGCCUACAACAAGUACAACUCAGUCAACAACUACAACCACAAUCCAGCCUACAAAUAUUGUUCCUGUUACAUUUUCCAGCAACGAAGAUUUCGAUCUUAAACUUUUAAACUCCUCUUCAGAUGUUUUUAAAAGACGAGAAAAAAGAAUCCAAGAUGAGUUUGUGCCAAUCUUUAACAAAGCAUUCAGCUCCUUCAUUGGAUUGACAGUAAUUCAGUUCAGGUCUGGAUCAGUCAUCACAGAUAUGAAUUUACAAUUUGGCAAAUUACCAAGUGAUGUAGAAAUCAAAACCACUAUUUUCAAUGCUAACACCACUUUGAAUAUCACCAGUGUAGAGGUAAGGCUGAAUCCUGACUCUACAACGACUACCAAACCUACAACAACUACAAUCAACCCCACAACAACUACAUCCAACCCCAAUACAACUACAACCAAACCCAAUACAACUACAACCAAACCCAAUACAACAAUAACCAAACCCAAUACAACUACACCUACAACCAACCCCAAUACAACUACAACCAACCCCAAUACAACUACAACCAAACCCAAUACAACUACAACCAAACCCAAUACAACUACAACCAACCCCAAUACAACUACAACCAACCCCAAUACAACUACAACCAAACCCAAUACAACUACAACCAAACCCAAUACAACUACAACCAAACCAACAACAACAACAACCAAACCCACAACAACAACAACAACAACCAAACCCACUACAACAACAACCAAACCCACAACAACAACACCACCACGCCCUCCUCCAACUGUAGUCUUAGAAGUCGUCAUUAUAAUAGAGUUUAUUCCAAAUUAUGAAGACCCGACAACUCCAGAAUUUAAGGAUCUAGCAACAAAAGUCCAGACUGGGUGUGAUAUCAUCUAUAAAAAAAGGUUUGGAACUCUUUUCAUCAGGACCAUUGUGAUUUCUUUCAGACGUGCUGCCAGAACACGAGCGGCAGACAAUGUGGAUGUGGAGCUUGAGUUAGUGUUUAACCAAGCCUCCACUGAAGCCAUCCCGAGUAACAAAGACAUUGUCACUACUCUAGAAACAGCAGUUACAGCUCAAGACCCCAGCUUAAGCAUCACUUUUGUUGCCAGCUCCAUUGUUGUUGUCAGAGCACUUCAGAAGAUCCCAGUUGCUAUCUUCACAAAUGGCACCUUUGUGGCUGCUCUCUCAAAUUCAUCUUCAACUGAAUUUCGAAACAGGGCACUGGUGAUAAAAACAGCACUUGAACCUUUUUUCAUCACCGAUUACCCUUCAUCAUUCAGCACUUUAACCUUAACAAACUUCAGUGAUGCCACUAAAAUGAAGAGUGUGCGCACGAUUCAAAACUCCAUGGACCUCUCAUUUGUGGCGAACGCCACCCUACCCAACAGUACACAGAUAGUCAGAACUAUAGUCCGAGCAGCCAACAGCUCAUUGCCCUUCCAGAUCUUCACUUCUCAAAUUAUGAUAAAUGGCACAGCGUUUUCAUCCAGUGAGGUCACCAGCAGGAUCAGCGUGUCAACUGCUUCAAUCCUGGUUGCCGUGUCAAUUCUGGCCUCGUGGCUUGAUUGAUCAAAGCCAUAUAAUGUAUAUGCUUCAACAUUAUUUACUCUGACAGGUCUGCCUUUCAUACCUGCUCACAUGAAGGAAUCACGUGCAUGAAGCUACUGAAUGAGUCGUAUUUUAUUGCCUCCUACGUAAUCUUGCUGAAAAUGAAUCCUUGAAGCUACGAUGGAUUUCAUGUCAGCUGGCUCCAUACAUGCCUGCACACAUUAAUGGAAUAUCCAACAUGAUGGAACUGUCCCAGAAAUGUUCUACUUUACAAGGACCAAGGGCGUUUAUACAGUAAAUACAAAUCUGAAGUAUGCAGAAAUACAUAUUAAAUUUGAGCACUGAUUCUUGAGACAUGGGAUCAAACAUUUCCCACAACUUUACUUGCCAUUAUAUUGAAAAUUACAACAUUAACCCUGUAAAACAUGUGUAAUCAAAUGUAUGAGAUUAUCAACCGUUACCCAUAAACACACCUAUACUUAGACAUCUCAAUAUUUAAUAAAAAUGGAUGGAUGGAUGGAUGGAUGGAUGGAUCACCAGUUUUGUUAUAGUACUGUAACAGUACCUCUCUUUUAAAGAUAUUACUCUGAGGGGGUUCAACAGAUUUUGGACAUGUACUGAUAAAUAAAUCUCUUCAGAAAACAAAUUAAUAUUUAAACCUAUUUUAUUUUCCCCACCAGUGCUUAAUACAUGUGCCAAACAGAUAAUAAAUAAACCGCAAAGCACUCUCAAAA